AUGGCACCGAUGUGGACGCCGGGGCUCUGGCUGCUGGGCUGCCUGCUGCUGGUCCCUGCGCUGUGGGGGCAGGAGCUGUCCGACUGCACCCCAGGCUGGGUGCCCGUCAGCGGGGGCUGCCUCGGCUUCUUCCCCUGGGAGCUGAGCUGGAGCAGGGCCGAGGCCUUCUGCCGGCGCUUUGGCUCCGGGACCCACCUGGCCUCGGUGCACAGCGAGGAGGAGCUGCAGGCCGUGGUGGACCUGCUCUUCUCCUCCCGCUCCAGCGACGCCAGCGAGGAGGAGCUGGAUGAGGAGGUCUGGAUCGGCCUCCACCGGCCUCCGCGGAGCCGCAGCUGGCAGUGGUCGGACGGCACGGCGGUGGCGUACAACUCCUGGCACCGGGCGGCCCUCAGCAGGCGGAGAGCCUGCGCCGCGCUGCAAGACUCCACGGAUUUCACCACGUGGGAAGCAGAAGCCUGCAGCGACAGAAAACCCUUCAUCUGCAAGUCCCUCUCCUAG